AUGGCGGGGAAUUUCAGAUUCAUGAUGGAUCAGAACAAUAUCGUGAGGUUCUUGACUACAAGUAUUGAUAGUUUUAUUCAAGAUAGGUUGAUCAACAAAGAGCAGAGAACUCAGCAUAAAGAUCAGUGUGCUGAGAGAUUAGCAGCUGAAGAUGAAAAUGGUGAGAAAGAAAGUGAGGUUGAGUAUUCUGAUCAAGCGGUAUUGGCGAACCUCGAUUGGGGAAUUGAAGCUCUUGAAGAAGCUAUUAAUACUUAUAAUAUGGAGACUAAGCUUGCUAGAUUGGAUUAUGCUGAAAAAAUGUUGCAAGUGUGUGCAAUGUUGAAUCCUAAGCAGAAGACUGCUGGAGUGCCGAAUUCGUAUUUAUCAGCUUGGGCGCAUUUGAAUUUAUCGUAUUUGUGGAAGUUGAGGAACAAUAUUAAGAGUUGUAUUUUUCAUUCUCUUGAGAUGUUCGUUGUUGAUCCAUUUUUCUCUAGGAUUGAUUUCGCGCCUGAGUUAUGGAAAAGCCUGUUUCUUCCGCAUAUGAGUUCGAUUGUAGGCUGGUAUUCGGAGGAGAGACACAGGCUUAUGAUGGAGGUGAUGCCUGAAACUACUGAUUUUUCUUAUACAGGUGAUUUUGAUCGAGUUUUCAACGAGUCUUUGGUGUUUUCUAUGAGGCCGAAUCAACUUGAGAAAUUGCAGAAACUUGAGCAGCUUUAUGGAGAGUCUUUAGAUGAGAACACGAGGUUGUAUGCAAAAUAUUAUAAUGACUGUAUGAACCCUGAUUCUACCUCAAGCAAGAAGGUUGUUCCUAUGUUGCCAAUUGCUGAGCCGCCAAUGACUCCUUUGCAUGAGUUGAGUCGGUCGGUUCCUGAUUUUGUUAAAUUUGGUCCUAUUUUGCCCAAGAGUUCUGGAUUUUCUAUGACAACCAGAAGAUCUUAUGAUGGUUUAAGUGAAACAACCAGAGAGAAUUUAACUUCCAAUUCCAACCAUUCAAAAGGUGAGAAAUCAUCCAUGUGGGGUGCUAAGGAGAGCAUAAUUGAAGAGAUUGAAGAUGAUUCAGAUUCUGAGCAUUAUGAUGCAUCUGUAGAUUCUGAUAAAAACAAUAUUUUCUCACCUGAACCGAAGACAAGUAUCAAGGACGACGAUGUUGAACGAAAAGUAUAUCGAUCAAACCAGAAGAAUCAAAUGCAAUCUCCUAAUAUCUCCCCUAUGCAAUCCCCAAGAGCUGCUCCAAAUUAUUCAUCUUCAAAUGCUCAAAUCCAUAACAUAAGCUCGGAUCAUAUUUUCAACCGCGAUGAAGAAGAAUUGGUCUUGAAAAAUAUUAAGAGAAGGAAUGAUAGUCAAACACCAAGCAUUAAUCAAGACAAUGAGAACAGUCUGGUGUUGAAUGACAGUUCCCUUGGUGAAAGUGAUGAUGGAUAUCAAAGUUCUGCGUCAUUUCCGAAAUUAGAGAAACUGACUAUUGGAUCAAAGCCACCCAAAGAUUUUGUUUGUCCAAUCACAGGUCAGAUAUUUAGUGAUCCUGUCACACUUGAAACAGGCCAGACCUAUGAAAGAAAAGCGAUUCAAGAGUGGCUUGGAACAGGAAACACGACAUGCCCCAUCACGCGGCAGCCUCUAUCUGCAAACAUCUUACCGAAAACAAACUAUGUUUUGAAGAGAUUGAUUGUAUCAUGGAAAGAGCAGAAUCCUGAACUAGCUCAAGAAUUUUCAACGUCUAACACACCAAGAGGUUCUUCAUGUUCUCCCUCAGCAAAAGACAUUGCAAUGAUCUCCACUACACAAAGAACGACUGAUUCACCAAGUCAGAAGAACAAAGAAGAUUAUAUUAGACAAAGAAACAACAGAUUUAUGCAGGUUGCCGUCAGUGCAUCUCCGACCAGUGUGUUAUCUCAAGCUGCAGUUGAAACAAUUAUAAAUUCCUUGACUCCGUAUAUCACAAGUCUAUGUACAUCAGAAAACUUGCAGGAAUGUGAAGAAGCUAUAACGGAAAUAGCAAGAUUGUGGAAGGAUUCAAAGACUGAUCCUCAGAUUCAUUCUUAUUUAUCAAAGCCAACUGUCGUAAGCGGUUUAGUAGAAAUUCUCUCAGCUUCUCUGAAUAGAGAAGUUCUGAGAAGAUCAAUUUAUAUUCUCUCAGAGCUGAUUUUCGCAGAUGAAAGUGUUGGAGAAACACUUAAUAGUGUAGAUUCUGAUUUCGAUUGCUUAGCUACUCUACUUAAGAAUGGUUUGGCUGAGGCUGCACUUCUUAUUUACCAACUUAGGCCAGUUUUUGCUCAGCUUUCGGAACAUGAACUUAUACCAUCUCUUAUCCAAGUGAUCCAGAACAAAAAUGAGGAUAUAGAUGAUUUUCAGUUAGCUAUAGACCCUAGAGCUGCCUCCAUAGCAAUUCUUGAGCAAAUUUUAAUGGGCGGGGACGAAUAUAACAGGUCUGUUAAUGCUUCAAGUGUUAUCUCAGCAAAUGGAAUUCCUGCCAUAGUAAAGUAUUUGGACAGAAUGGAAGGAAGAAGGUCUAUCAUUUCCAUACUUUUGUGUUGUAUGCAAGCUGAAAAAAGUUGCAAGAGCUCAAUAGCAAAUAGAAUUGAAUUGUCACCUGUUCUUGAAUUAUUUCACGCUGGAAAUGAUAGCGUGAGAGGAAUCUGUGUGGAAUUUCUUUCAGAACUGGUUCGAUUAAAUAGAAGGACGUUCAGCAAUCAGAUAUUACAGAUAGUCAAGGAUGAAGGAGCAUUCAGUACAAUGCAUACAUUUCUUGUAUAUCUUCAAAUGGCUCCAAUGGAACAUCAAAUUGCUGUUGCUAGUCUUCUUCUUCAGCUUGAUCUUUUGGUUGAGCCGCGAAAGAUGAGCAUUUACAGGGAAGAAGCUGUAGAGACACUGAUAGAAGCACUUUGGCAAAAGGACUUCUCAAAUAAUCAAAUGAAGGCUUUAGAUGCUUUACUAUUUCUUAUUGGACAUGUCACUUCCUCAGGAAAGUCGUAUACUGAAGCUUGGUUGUUGAAGAUUGCCGGAUUUGAUCAACCUUACAAUGUUUUAAUGAAGGCCGAUCAAUUAGGACACAGUGACAAAGAUUUGAUGGAAACAAUGGAGAAUGAAAAAAACGCCAUGAAAUCUUGGCAGAAAAGAGUAGCUUCUGUACUUUGCAAUCACGAAAACGGUUCAAUAUUUCAAGCCUUGGAAGAAUGCCUAAAGAGUAACUCCUUAAAGAUGGCAAAAUCUUGCCUUGUUCUUGCCACAUGGCUCACACACAUGCUCUUUACUCUACCUGAUACUGGUGUAAGAGAUAUUGCUCGAAAAUCCCUGCUCGAGGCCCUUAUAAAUGUCAUCCAGUCAUCCAAGAACCUAGAGGAAAAGAUCCUGGCUACCCUAGCUUUGAAGUCUUUCAUUAGUGAUCCAACUGCUCAUGAAGCACUUAGAGUCUAUGCUAAAAGCAUCUAUAGAAUCUUGAGGAAGCUGAAGAAGUAUUCAACAGUGGCAGCUGAUAUUUUGAAAGCUUUACUAAAUUUAAAUUCUGUUGAUGUGACAGAGUUGUGGAGUUGUAAAGAAGUAGUCGAGUUAGAUUUGAGCUCAAAUGGAGAGGUGCUUUCUUUGCUUUACCUCAAUGGCCAAGUCUUAAGUGGACAUGCUGAUGGAACUAUCAAGGUAUGGGAUGCAAGGAAGAGAAUACCGCGAGUAACUCAAGAAACUCGUGAGCACAAAAAAGCGGUUACAUCUCUUUGUUCUUCAGUUGAUAGGCUAUACAGUUCUUCCUUGGACAAAACAAUCAGGGUUUGGACAAUUAAACCCGACGGGAUUAAAUGUAUAGAUGUUUAUGACGUUAAGGAAGCAGUGUAUGAGCUAGCAGCUAAUGCUAAAUUGGCAUGCUAUGUAACUCAAGGAACAGGAGUUAAGGUUUUUAACUGGUCAGAUCCUCCAAAGCUCAUCAACUUCAACAAAUAUGUGAAAUGCCUUGCUGUUGCUGGGGACAAAUUGUAUUGUGGUUGCUCUGGUUACAGCAUACAGGAGGUUAACUUGUCCAAAUAUACAUCAACUUCAUUCUUCACUGGUACAAGAAAAUUGUUGGGAAAACAAACUAUACACUCCCUUCAAAUUCAUGAUGAUUUCCUCUUUGCUUGUGGUUCUUCUGUUGAUACAACCGCGGGAAAGAUAUUUUCACUUACCUCCAAAAUGGUGGUGGGAUCACUAUCAACUGGACUCGACAUCCAUCGUGUAGCCAUCAACAGUGACUUCAUAUUUGCUGGUACAAAAUUUGGCACCAUUGAGGUUUGGUUAAAAGAUAAGUUCACUCGGGUAGCUUCCAUCAAAAUGGCUGGUGGUCACACAAAAAUUACAUCAUUAGUGUCAGAUGCUGACGGCAUGAUGCUUUUUGUUGGUUCCUCUGACGGAAAGAUCCAGGUUUGGGCUUUGGAUUAA